AUGACGAAAGAAUUCACUGAUGUGAAAUUUACCGACGUUACCAUCCUCGGUAUUCUCCAUGAGGGGGAGGUGUCAGCUGUGUUCAAGGUGAUUGUUCACAAGACAACAUGCGUGAUGAAACUGUGGCAUGACUGGCUCCCAAGAGACUGCGAGAGCCCUUUUGUCCGUGAAACCACUGCCUAUCGCCAACUAAAAGCAAAUGGCCUUUGCGAGCGAGGCGUCAUACCCGACUUCUACGGAACAAUCACCGAUAUCAAGCUGUCUAUAUUACCGAGCCAAUGGCCACAGGACACAUACUCAAUUCAGUGUAUGUUUCAAGAAGACAAUUCACCGCUUGACGCUCUUCUACUCGAAUACAUCCCCGGCCUUGAGAUGAUAGACCUAUCCAAUUAUUCAGCACAAUAUUUGGAUGACAUCCGCCAAACCUGA